AUGGCAGCGCCGGGGUGGAUAACGACGCUCACGGCGGCCCAGAUUGUGGAGGGUAUGACAGAGGAGGGCAGGCAGUAUCUCCUGGCUGCGCCAGUGGGCCAGCCUCACAGCACGAACGGCACGGUUUGGGAGUGCCCCUGGCUGCAGCGCCAACAGCAAUGGCAGUACGGCAUGGAGGGAAGUGUGCGCCUGGUGGAGCGCCUUCAGUGGGAACUGAAGAUCCCGGAUUUCACAGCUUGCGAUAUCUGCGGUGGGGAGGCAUCCUUCGCUGGACACCUAAUCGGCAAGAAGCAUCUCAACAAGCUUUUCCACAGGUUGUCUGAAAAGCAGCCAAUCGUGGAGCAGAAAGCGGGCUAUUGGCAAAUCUGGCCUUUUGUCAAGAACGGAUGGAAAGGAGAGCUCCUCUUCAACCAUGUGGAUGGCGAGGUUGUGAUACGACGUGGCACGCCAGCCAAUGGCCCUCCAAUCCGAGUAGAACUGCCACCCGCAACUCCUCUGAGGCCUCCCAGAGCCGAACCGCCAACUCCACCGGGCCCAGCUGCUUAUCGACCCCCCGAGCCGCCAACUCCGCCCGGUCCGUGCUGUGGGUAUCGGCCACCCCGUGAGUUUGACAACCUGUCCACGGCUGCCGUCUUUGACGGCCAGUUCUCAGACGCGCCUUCGGACAGGCCAUCUUUAGGUUUCUUCUACUACAGCGAGUUUGCACGGGACAAGGCGCAGCUCCUUCAACAGCAACUGGAACGAUAUGUCGACAGUGUCACCUGCAGCGCGUGCAAUAUCACGAUCAAUGUCAACGAGUUGAAGGAUCACCUGGUUUCCAGCAGCCACUUCCGUUCGUUGGAGAAGCGGGUCGCCGGCCAACUGCCCGUUCUCAACCAGGCAGUGCCGACCACGGUCAAAGGCUUACUCCUGACAUUGAACCUGGUGCACGUCUCGCUGGAGGAAGAGUGGCGGGCCUAA